UGCUGCUGCUGCUGCUGCUGCUGCUGCUGCUGCUGCUGCUGCUGCUGCUGCUGCUGCUGCUGCUACUGCUGCUUGGCCCUGGCUGGAGACAUCUCACUACACCCAGGAGCAGCCACUUCCCCAGCUCUCCUCCUCCUCGUCCUCCUCCUCCUCCUCCUCCUCCUUCUCCUCCUCCUCCUCGUCCUCCUCCUCCUCCUCCUCCACUCCCCCCCUUUAUUACCCUUUGUGUCAUCCUCCACAGCUCCAGGGAAGGCACUCAAAAGUGGGGGGCAGGAAAGAUGAACAUUGGAGAUGACAGUUUCUGCAUGUGUGAAGGACAUUCUCAAGCCUUCAUAGUUUACACACAAGAUCAUUAGAAAUUAAAUGUUCAAGAGAAAAAGAGUUCUUCCCUUAUUGAGACUCCUAACGGCGUAGAGUAUCUGGAGAUUUACUGCUUCCAUUACACGGCUGGAUCUCACCACACUUGUUAUGUUUUCAUUAUUUUCUCUGCUGAAGAAGCUGGAAACCCCAAUGCCUGCAGAGGCCAGACUGGUGGGAAUGAAGCAAGAAGACUGCCUCUGUGAGCUGGAGAUCCAAGUCCUUUCUAAAGGAGCAGCUGCUGCUCCAUUCCAGAUAAUUGUUGUAAGGCAGGAAUGUUGACCUAGUGUAACCACAUUGUCCAGUUUCCCAGGGUGUUAUUGGAAUUUUGAAGUCAUGAAAACAUCAAAUAAACCAACCUGCAAUACCUUCGAUUCAGAUUGGAAGAUAAAGAGAAAGUUUAAAGAAUGUGGCCUAUGAAGGCAGGUAGUACCUGGAAAUAUUAACUGACAAACUGUAAAAAUGAGACCAGUUUCUAAGCAGUGGAGGUUAUUUUUGUCCAACGUCAAGAUUCAAGACAAAAUGUACAACUAAAAACUCUAUAAUCCUCCCUCCCUGUUUGAGACAGGUACUAACAUUGGUGAAUUAUGAUUUUACUUAGUUGGAAUCACUCAUUUUUACACAUAUAGACCAUCACCAGGAAUUAAAUGUUGGUUAUUUAAUAUAAAUUAUGGUGGGAAACUGAUAUUUUCGUCAUGGCAGAUUUCAAGGACUUGGUUUCAAACUGAGCCAUAGCUUCCCAAUGCAUUCUGUACAGUCUGGGAAAAACUGUGCUGCACUGGCCCAUUGGUAAAGGCCAUCAUGCUGUGUAAUAUGAGGAUAUCAUCUUAUUGCUGAUAUCUUUGGAGAGUCCCAAGCAGACACAGAAAAUGAAUGGAGGCAAGGAGUGUGACGGAGGGGAGAAGGAAGGAGGUCUUCCAGCUAUCCAAGUUCCUGUGGGUUGGCAGCGGCGUGUGGAUCAAAAUGGAGUUCUUUAUAUCAGUCCCAGUGGGUCUUUGUUAUCUUGCUUGGAGCAAGUUAAAACAUACCUGCUUACUGAUGGAACAUGCAAGUGCGGCUUGGAGUGUCCUCUUGUUCUUCCCAAGGUAUUUAAUUUUGAUCCUGGAGCAGCUGUGAAGCAGAGAACAGCAGAAGAUGUCAAGGCAGAUGAAGAUGUCACAAAACUAUGCAUACAUAAAAGAAAAAUCAUCGCAGUGGCCACACUUCAUAAAAGCAUGGAAGCCCCACAUCCUUCUCUGGUGCUCACCAGUCCCGGAGGAGGAACAAAUGCAACUCCAGUAGUACCUUCACGGGCAGCAACUCCAAGAUCAGUAAGAAAUAAGUCUCAUGAAGGAAUUACAAAUUCUGUAAUGCCUGAAUGUAAGAAUCCUUUCAAGUUAAUGAUUGGAUCAUCCAAUGCUAUGGGGAGAUUGUAUGUACAAGAACUGCCUGGAAGCCAGCAACAAGAACUCCACCCUGUCUAUCCCCGGCAGAGAUUGGGCAGCAGCGAACAUGGACAGAAAUCUCCAUUCCGUGGCAGCCAUGGAGGCCUGCCCAGCCCAGCAUCAUCAGGUUCCCAGAUUUAUGGAGAUGGCUCAAUCUCUCCAAGGACUGACCCACUUGGAAGCCCAGAUGUUUUCACAAGAAAUAAUUCUGGUUUUCAUGGAGCUCCCAGUUCUAGUCCUAUUCACCUGAAUAGGACUCCUCUUUCUCCACCUUCAGUAAUGCUUCAUGGUUCUCCUGUACAGUCAUCCUGUGCAAUGGCUGGAAGGACUAAUAUACCUCUUUCCCCAACCUUGACUACAAAGAGUCCAGUAAUGAAAAAACCAAUGUGUAAUUUUUCAACUAAUAUGGAAAUGCCACGAGCAGUGUUCCACCACAAAGCACCCCAAGGCCCACCUCCCCCUCCUCCACCUUCUUGUGCUCUUCUGAAAAAGCCAUUAACAUCUGAGAAAGAUCCACUUGGCAUUCUUGACCCUAUUCCUAGUAAACCAGUGAAUCAGAACCCUGUUAUCAUUAAUCCAACCAGUUUCCAUUCAAAUGUCCACUCUCAGGUACCUGUGAUGAAUGUAAGCAUGCCUCCUGCUGUUGUUCCUUUGCCAAGUAAUCUUCCUUUGCCAACUGUAAAGCCUGGUCACAUGAAUCAUGGGAGUCAUGUACAAAGAGUUCAACAUUCAGCUUCAACCUCCCUUUCCCCUUCUCCAGUGACAUCCCCAGUGCACAUGAUGGGGACUGGAAUCGGAAGGAUUGAGGCAUCGCCCCAAAGAUCACGCUCAUCUUCCACGUCAUCAGAUCAUGGAAAUUUCAUGAUGCCACCUAUAGGACCCCAAGCCACCUGUAGUGGUAUUAAGGUUCCACCCAGGUCACCAAGGUCAACAAUAGGGUCCCCAAGGCCAUCAAUGCCAUCAAGCCCUUCUACCAAGUCCGAUGGACAUCAUCAGUACAAGGAUAUCCCUAACCCAUUAAUUGCUGGAAUGAGUAAUGUACUAAAUACUCCAAGCAGUGCAGCUUUUCCUAGUGCAUCUGCCGGAAGUGCUUCUGUAAAGAGUCAGCCUGGUUUGCUGGGAAUGCCUUUAAAUCAGAUCUUGAACCAGCACAAUGCUGCCUCCUUUCCAGCAAGUAGUUUACUCUCAGCAGCAGCCAAAGCACAGCUAGCAAAUCAAAACAAACUUGCUGGUAACAACAGUAGCAGCAGUAGCAAUUCUGGAGCUGUUGCCGGCAGUGGUAACACUGAAGGACAUAGCACUUUAAACACCAUGUUCCCUCCUACUGCCAACAUGCUUCUUCCAACAGGUGAAGGGCAGAGUGGUCGAGCAGCACUAAGAGAUAAGUUGAUGUCGCAGCAAAAAGACUCAUUACGGAAAAGAAAACAGCCACCUACCACAGUGUUGAGUUUGCUCAGACAGUCUCAAAUGGAUAGUUCUACAGUUUCUAAGCCUGGACCUGACUUGCUAAGGAAGCAGAGUCAGGGCUCAUUUCCCAUCAGUUCUAUGUCUCAGUUACUACAGUCUAUGAGCUGUCAAAGCUCUCACUUGAGUAGCAAUAGUACCCCAGGUUGUGGGGGCUCAAAUACUGCUUUGCCUUGCUCUGCUAACCAGCUGCAUUUUGCAGAUCCCAAUAUGAACGCCAGUGUUCUGCAGAAUUCACUGACACAGAAUAUACCUUUAAGAGGGGAAGCCGUGCACUGCCACAAUGCAAACACUAACUUUGUUCACAGUAACAGCCCUGUUCCUAACCACCAUCUUGCAGGUUUAAUAAAUCAGAUUCAGGCUAGCGGGAACUGUGGGAUGCUCAGUCAGUCGGGCAUGGCUUUAGGAAAUUCAUUACAUCCCAAUCCACCUCAGUCAAGAAUUUCAACGUCCUCCACUCCAGUGAUACCAAACAGCAUUGUUAGCAGCUAUAAUCAGACAAGUUCUGAAGCAGGUAGCGCAGGCCCAUCUGCCUCUAUAGCCAUAGCUGGCUCCAGUCAUCCUGCUAUCACAAAGACAACAUCUGUUCUCCAAGAUGGAGUCAUAGUCACCACUGCAACUGGAAACCCCCUGCAGAAUCAGCUGCCCAUUGGGAGUGAUUUUCCUUUUGUUGGCCAGGAGCACGCACUUCAUUUUCCAUCCAACAGCACUUCAAACAACCAUCUUCCACACCCCUUGAACCCCAGCCUCCUCAGUUCUCUACCUAUCUCUUUGCCAGUGAAUCAACAGCAUCUCCUAAACCAGAAUCUAUUAAAUAUCCUCCAGCCUUCAGCAGGAGAAGGCAAGUCUGAGAUCAACCUCCACCCUUUAGGUUUUCUCAACCCAAAUGUAAACACUGCUUUAGCUUUUCUCUCCGGUGACAUGGAUGGACAGGUAUUACAGCCUGUUCACUUUCAGCUCUUAGCAGCCCUGCUUCGGAACCAAGCCCAAGCAGCUGCCAUGCUUCCCCUGCCAUCUCUCAAUCUGACUAUCUCAGAUCUUUUGCAACAACAAAAUGCCCCUUUGCCCUCAUUAACACAGAUGACAGCCCCAUCAGACCAUUUGCCAAGCAAUCAGUCAGACAACAGUCGAGCUGAGACCCUUUUAAGCAGCCCCCUGGGGAACCCUUUACCAAAUUUUGCAGGCAGUGACACUACUUUUAACCCCCUAUUCCUCCCAGCUGUCACUGGGGCCUCAGGAUUAAUGGCCUUGAAUCCCCAGCUGUUGGGAGGUGUCCUGAACUCAGCAUUGGUCAACACUGCUAAUCAUCCAGAGGUUUCCAUAGCAACCUCCUCCCAGGCAACCACUACCACAACCACUACAUCAUCAGCAGUGGCAGCACUGACUGUCUCAACACUUGGUGGGACAGCAGUGGUGUCAAUGGCAGAAACAUUGCUGAAUAUAUCUAAUAAUGCUGGGAAUACACCUGGUCCAGCUAAACUCAACAGUAACUCUGUGGUGCCACAGCUACUUAACCCUCUACUGGGGACAGGUCUGCUUGGUGAUAUGUCAUCAAUAAACAAUACUUUGAAUAACCAUCAACUGACUCAUCUACAGUCGCUGUUAAACAACAAUCAGAUGUUUCCUCCAAAUCAACAGCAGCAGCAACUUCUCCAGGGGUAUCAGAGUCUCCAGGCCUUUCAAGGACAGCCCUCCGCCCCUUGUCCAGCUAACAGUAACCCCAUGGCUUGUCUGUUUCAGAACUUUCAGGUGAGAAUGCAAGAAGAUGCAGCUCUCCUAAACAAAAGAAUAAGCACUCAGCCAGGGCUCACAGCAAUUCCUGAGAUUCCAAACUCUACACUUCCACCUUUCCAAGAUACGCCAUGUGAGCUGCAACAGAGGCUUGACCCAUCUCUUGGUCAACAGGUGAAGGAUGGUCUUGUUAUGGGUAACCAAGGUGAUGCUUCUGUAGAUGCCAUUUACAAAGCAGUCGUCGAUGCAGCCAGCAAAGGGAUGCAGGUUGUCAUCACCACUGCUGUCAACAGUACAACUCAGAUCAGCCCUAUUCCAGCUCUGAGUGCCAUGAGUGCCUUCACUGCCUCGAUCGGCGACCCAUUAAAUCUCUCCAGUGCUGUCAGUGCUGUCAUUCAUGGACGGAAUAUGGCAGGUGUUGAUCAUGAUGGCAGGCUGAGGAAUGCCAGAGGGGCUCGGCUGUCCAAGAAUCUAGACCAUGGGAAAAACUCAAGUGAGAGAGAUGGCUUUGAGUAUUUCAAGCCGGCAAGUUGCCAUACAUCCAAAAAACAGUGGGAUGGGGAGCAAAGCCCCAGAGGGGAGCGAAGCCGGUGGAAGUAUGAGGAAUUUUUAGAUCAUCCAGGCCAUAUCCACAGUAGUCCAUGUCAUGAAAGGCCCAACAACGUCUCUACACUGCCAUUUCUGCCUGGGGAACAGCACCCAAUACUGUUACCACCAAGAAAUUGUCAAGGGGAUAAAAUUCUGGAGGAAAAUUUCAAAUAUAGUAACUACAAAAGAACUAUGAUAAGUUUUAAGGAGAGACUAGAGAACACUAUGGAAAGAUGUGCACACAUUAAUGGGAACAGACCUCGACAGAGUCGGGGAUUCGGAGAGCUGCUAAACACUACAAAGCAAGACCUAGUCCUAGAGGAGCAGUCUCCAAGUUCCUCAAAUAGUUUGGAAAGUUCUCUGGUCAAAGACUACAUCCAUUACAAUGGAGACUUUAAUGCCAAAAGCAUUAAUGGGUGUGUGCCCAGCCCUUCGGACGCUAAAAGCAUUAGUAGUGAAGAUGACCUAAGGAAUCCAGAUUCCCCUUCUUCAAAUGAGUUGAUACAUUAUAGACCAAGGACGUUCAAUGUUGGUGACUUGGUCUGGGGCCAAAUCAAAGGACUGACUUCCUGGCCUGGAAAGUUGGUAAGAGAAGACGACGUUCACAAUUCAUGUCAACAAAGCCCCGAGGAAGGGAAGAUGCUUCCUGACUCAUUGAGGUCUCACAAGCUUCUGGAGCAUAAAAUGAAGAGGGGAUGGUUAUAGUCACCAAAAGGUCAUUUCAACAAGGGGUGAGUUAUGAAGCAUUUUUAGAUCUCACUAGGCUCAGGGUGACUCCAAACCAAGAACCAGACUUCCAGAAUUUUGCCAACUCUGUCUUCCUUCCUAUUGUUUUCAUUUUAUAAACAGAGGAGGAAGGCAAGAGUAAUUGACUUGGGGUGGGGGGAAUGGUAGCUGUGGAGUUCUAAGACUGUGGCAGAGGUAGGGGCCCUCCCAGAAGUAGCAGAUGACAGUGUCUGCUCCAUGUGCUUACGUGAAACACACAGAGCUAGGAGGGGGUAAAAAUGUGGGUGGAGUUGUAGCCAUUUGUGGAAGCAGCAGGUAAUGUGAAUUUAGAAUGCUGUCUCCUUUCAGGAAAACUUCUGAGCCCUUAUAACAUAUGGAAGUGUUUAACCCAUAGUCUGGUUCUACUUAACACAAUCUGAUCAUUAUAAAUUAAAUGAAAACUUCUCCAUGAAACCACCAUUCAAUUUAGAAGAAAGUAGCAGGAGUUUUCUGAUCUUUCUUCCCACCUUUCAAAUGGUAAAAUUGGCUCACUAGUCAAGGCAUAUGCAGAAUGUUUAAAAUGGAUAGAAAAAUUUAUAUCUGACCAGGAGAUAACUAUUCCCAUUCCUCUCACCUGAUGAAGAAACAUAAUUUUUCAUCAUCUUAUGUAAAAUUAUUCUUACAUGUAUGUAUUAUUCACUUAAAGAAUACAUUAUAUAAAGAACUAUUUCAACUUUGCUCAAAUUUUUACUGCCACUUAGAUUUAAUGGCAGGAAACCAAAACAUUUUUGCCAACACAUAAAAAGAUUGUCUUUCUCCAAAGGAACAGGAGGUCCUGAAGUCUUUGCUUAUAAUGUUUAAUAUAUACUUGUCAGGAUACACUCUGGGUAUAAUGUUUCUACAUUUGAUAAGAAAAUGAAUUCCAUAUUCCUAUUUUCAACACAUUUUAUUCUUUGAGUCCAGACAAACAUUUUCUAGCUUGGUAAACCUAAAUAUUUUUGACAGUUUAUUCAAGAAAUAAUUAGAAACAGCAAAAAUGGGCUUUUAUGAUAUAAAUAGAGCUGCUACAUAUACAAAAUGUACACAGCAAACUGUUGUACCAAUUCUGUGCCAAUGAAUUGAGUCUUUUUCAUGUGCCAUUUUUCAAAAAGCUUAACUAAAGUAAAGAUUAUGGCGCCCUUCCCUGGAAACAUUCUUCCUUACCUAAAUGCCUUGUCUAAACGUAUUUUUAUGCCCUCAGGAAGAUAAAGGCAUGUACAUUUAACACAUGUCACAUUAAACAGUGAGCUUCAUCUUCUGAUCAGUCUGUGCUGAGUCCUCCUGAGUUUGAGUUAUACACUAAUGUUAAACUUUCUUUCUUAAAAACAGUCUUUAAGAGUUCAAUACACUUGGGCCAGGGAUGUAGCUCAGCAGCAC